CAAGGUGGAGGUGGAUUCAGGGGUGGAGUCUGUCCAGCUGCCCUGUAAAACUAUAGUUCACCUGCUCAAAGACACUAAGGUGGAGUGGAAGGACGGAGCCAGCAGGAAGGUCCACGUGUAUCAGAGCAGCUCUGACCAGCCUGAAGAACAGCACGACUUUUACAGAGGACGAACAAAGAUGGAGAGAAACCUGCUGAAACCUGGAGACCUCAGUCUGACCCUGAAACACCCCACAGACACACACACCUACACCUGCACCGCCUACAACAAGAGGGGAAACAUCCUGAUGGGGAAACAAGUGCAGCUGAAAGUCAGAGUCCCCCAGGUGGAGGUGAAUAAAGAGGUGGAGUCUGUCCAGCUGCCCUUCACAACCACACUUCACCUGCCUCAAGACGCUAAAGUGGAGUGGAUGGAGAACUUCUACAACAGGAAGGUCCACGUGUAUCAGAGCGGCUCUGACCAGCCUGAAGAACAGCACCAGGAUUACAGAGACCGAACGAAGAUGAAUGAAGACCUGCUGAAAACUGGAGACCUCAGUCUGACCCUGAGACUCCCCACAGACUGGGACAACAGGACCUACACCUGCACCGUCUACAGCAGGGAGGGAAACCUCCUGCUGAGGAAACAGGUGAAGCUGAGAGUCAGAGUCCCCCAGGUGGAGGUGGAGGACGGGGUGGAGACUGUCCAGCUGCCCAUCAGAACCACACUUGACCUGCCUCAAGAUGCUAAAGUGGAGUGGAUGGAGGACAAUUACAACAUGAUGGUCCACGUGUAUCAGAGCGGCUCUGACCAGCCUGAAGAACAGCACCAGGCUUACAGAGACCGAACGAAGAUGAAUGAAGACCUGCUGAAAACUGGAGACCUCAGUCUGACCCUGAAACUCCCCACAGAUGGAGACAACAGGACCUACACCUGCACCGUCUACAGCAGGGAGGGAAACAUCCUGCUGAGGAAACAGGUGGAGCUGAGAGUCAGAGUCUGUCAGGUGGAGGUGGAGGAGGGGGCGGAGUCUGUCCAGCUGCCCUUCAGAACCACAGGAAACCUGCCUGGAGAUGUUAGAGUGGGGUGGGGACGCACUGAACCUGAAUACAACACUGUCCACGUGUAUCAGAGCGGCUCUGACCAGCCUCUCAAACAGCACCAGGAUUACAGAGACCGAACGAAGAUGAAUGAAGACCUGCUGAAAACUGGAGACCUCAGUCUGACCCUGAGACUCCCCACAGAGAGAGACAGUGGGACAUACAGAUGUGACGUCUACAGCAGGAACAUCUGGAUCAGAGGGAAAACAGUGAUGCUCAAAGUCAAAGGCAGAGCUCAGGUCCAGGAUCAAACAGGGAUCAUCAGGAACAGAAGCAGCUCCAUUGAUCCGACUCCUCUGAUGGCUGAUCAAUCAGUUUGAUCUGUUUGUUCUUUGAUUAUUGAUCAGUGAUGUCAGAGUGGAGUCAGUGUGAUGUUGUUGUUGUGUGUUUGAGCCUUUUAGUGUCCGUGAAGGUCUCUGCUGCCGUAGAUCCUCUGAACUGUGACAGAGGUCUCACUCUGGAGGAAACUCUCAGCACUUUCCAGCAGCUCCUCCAUCAUGGAGGACGUUCCCUCACUGGAACAGGUGGAGGAGAGAGGAGAGGAAGCACAGGUGGAUGCUCUGAGGAAGAGGAGCGUUCUCACAUUGGUCUUCCUACAACAACACCUUGAUCACAUGAGCAGAGGGGCGUGGCCUUCAGUGGUCCUAACACGCCGUCGUAGUAAUAAAGGAACCCUCCACAUGUUCCACUUUGAAGGCUCAUCUCCAACAAAGCAGACCUGUGAUCACUUUAACUCACUAUGAUGAUUGUUGACAUUUGUCUUUGUGUCUCUGGCUUUUCUUGUGUGUCUGUGUGUCUUUGGGAUGUUGGAUAGAGUCAUGUGACCUGCCCAGGGACUACAGAUGGAAAUGAGCAGUUUAGCUCCAAUCUGGCAGCUUUCCAUCUUCUAUGUUUAUAUUGAUGUCCAUGAACAUGCACUGUCCCUGUGAGAUCAAUGCAGAUAAAAACAGCUGCUGACCUUUGACCUGAUCCAGUGUUGUUCUUCUUCUGUGGUGUUUCUGAUGGAGCAGCUGCUCCUGAUGUGUUUGAGGAUCAAACCAGUGUUCCUGCAGCUGCAGCAAACUCACAUUUAGCAGUCAGUGACCUUUGACCUUUCUUCUCUGAACCAUCACAGAGACAUGAGUCCAGUUUCUUUUAGUUGGACAUGUUUUCAUUGAGUCAUGAAAUAAAUAUCUGUGAUGUCUGAAACCAUCACAGGGAAACUUCCUCCACAUUUUCCAGCUCUGAAGUGUUUCAGGAUCUUUGUAGACUCUCCCAUGUUUGCCGUGGUCCCUGAAUGCAGCAUCAGUGUUACAGGUUGAGUGCUGUGAACAAACUGUCAGUGUGAUCUUGCACAUAUUUGAAUGUGUGUUUGCUGCAGCUGCUCAAAGUCUUCAUGUGAACACUGAUGCCACCAGCAGACGGCGCCUUCACCCUGCUAACAGGGCUGCAGAGGGGGGAAAUGUUCUGGUUGCUUUGGCUCAUUUUAGUUUGUGUUAGCAGGAAGUUCCUGCUGAGCUCAUGUAACCGGUGGCUUCUACAGCUCUCUGCGUUGUGUGCAUCAAUGAUCAGAUCAGGCCACCGACGUGAUUUGGAGGCGAUCUCCUUUUAUUUCUGACCAAACAGUAAACAAAACAUCACAGUCUGGUUGGUGACGAUCGCUUUAUCAGUUAUCACAUGUUAUUGUGAUAACUGUGUAUGUGCC